AUUCUCUGCUUCUCUCUUUCUCUGCAACUUCCCUUGUGUUUUGAUGUGAUUCUCCACCAUACCUCCCAAAACCCUUUACAAAAAAGAUAGAAAGCUCAAGCUCACACCAUGGUUUUCUCUUCUGUUCCAGUCUAUCUAGAUCCACCUAAUUGGCAACAGCCACCAACUCAUCAGCAACCUGGAGUUAUUACUACUGAGUAUCUUGGUAAUUCCCAGCUUCCACCAGCACCACCAUCUGUUGGUGGUGGUGGCGGCGGCGCAGGCUCAAUUAGGCCUGGUUCUAUGGCAGAACGAGCCAGGCUAGCUAAAAUACCACAACCUGAGGCUGCUCUCAAGUGCCCUCGUUGUGAAUCAACAAAUACUAAAUUUUGUUACUUCAACAAUUACAGCCUUUCACAGCCUCGUCACUUUUGCAAAACCUGUAGACGAUACUGGACUAGAGGAGGUGCUUUAAGGAACGUACCGGUUGGUGGUGGUUGUCGAAGAAACAAAAGAAGCAAAGGAAGUAAUCGAUCACAAUCUCCAUCAGUAGUAUCCGAACGCCAAACCGGGUCAAGCUCAUCUUCAAGUACACUUGCUUCUAAUAGUUGCACUGAUAUGUUGGGCCACAUGAACCCAGCACCACCACAGUUGCCUCUAUUACCCCCUUUACAUCAUCUAGGAGACUAUAAUUCUGGUGAUAUUGGGAUAAAUUUUGGGGGACUCCAGGCUCAGGUGGCGGCGACAGGCGGUGGUACUAAUGCUAUUAACAUGGAUUUUCCGAUUGGAACUAGCUCAAGUGGUGGUGGGUCGAUGUUAACAAAUGGAUUAGUAGAACAGUGGAGACUGCAACAAGUUCAACAAUUUCCAUUUUUAACUAGUUUGGAGCAGCCUCCAACCGGGUUUUAUCCAUUUGAAAGUGAAGGUGUAGUGGAGCCACCAAGUUAUCAUCAGCUUCGGUCUAAGCCAUUGGAGAGUGUGAUUACUCAGUUGGGAGCUGUUAAAAUGGAAGAAACUCAAGGUUUGAAUUUAUCAAAGAAUUUCUUGGGAAUCCCAGGAAGUGAUCAAUACUGGGGUGGUGUUGGUGGCAAUGCAUGGACUGAUCUUUCUGGUUUCAUCAAAGAGAAAUCAAGUCAUAGAUAAGGAUUUUCAAUGAACAACUACUCUAACUUUUGCAAAUUUCAAGUUUCCAACCCGAAGACGAGAAAGUGAUGAUCAAUUGGAAAAGGAAUCGAUCGAAUGAAUUGCUUGUCACUCCAUGAUCUACUAAAAGAGAAGACUUUAGAAAAUGGUAGAUUUCUGCUCUUGAAAAUUAUUUGCAGUUCAUUUUUUUUUGUUGUGUUCUAUUAUUGUAAUGCUCUAAGAAAUUAAGUAGGUCUAUAUGUAAUAUUCAUGCAGAGAGUUUGAUCUGACAUGAAGAUGACAGUUUAUUGUUGAUAAAAAAUGCUUUGUACUAAGUGAUUUCCCUUCAAAAAUCAUAUGUGAAAAUGCAUCCAUAAUUUUUUUUUUGGGUUUUCUUUAUUCAUUUGAAUUCUCAAAUUUUCACCUUUUUUCUUCUAUGUGAAGGUUGAAGACUUUCAU